AUGGGUACGCGCGGGCCCUACGCGCUGGUGGACACCACGCCCGCCAAGACCAUCCUGGUGUACCGCAACGGGGACCAGUUCUUCGUGGGCCGCAAGUUCGUGUUCUCGCGGCGCCGCGUGGCCAACUUCGAGGCGCUGCUGGAGCAGCUGACCGAGCAGGUGGACGUGCCCUUCGGCGUGCGGCGGCUCUACACGCCCACGCGCGGCCACCCCGUGCGCGAGCUGGACGCGCUGCACGCGGGCGGCAAGUACGUGGCGGCCGGCCGCGAGCGCUUCAAGAAGCUGGAUUAUAUUCAUAUAGUUCCUAGAAAGCCUACAAAGAUGAGAAAGUUGAAGGAAAUCAAGCCAGUGGUACAUUGUGACAUCAACGUGCCUUCCAGGUGGCAAACAUAUCAGCGGGCAACAAGACAUAUAAAUGUUUUCACAAAUGGAAGAUUAUUUAUCCCACCUAUAAAAAUUAUUAUACCCAAAUUCAGCCUGUCAGAUUGGGAUUGUGUGCUGGCCAUGAUUGGAGAAAAAGUCUUUCCUCUAGGAGGUGUUCGAAAAUUGUUCACUAUGGAUGGGCAUCUUUUGGACAACUCAAAGGAUUUGCAAGACAAUUAUUUUUACGUUGCCGCAGGACUGGAGACCUUCAAAUAUUUUCCUUAUUGGAGGUCCCCUCGUGUCCCCAGUGAGAUCCAGCAGAGGUACGCAGACAUUGAAAAAUUCUCACAAAAGAAGAAAAAAGUGGAUUCCAAAGGAAAAGAACAUCGUAAAAGUGCUAUUGUGCUACCUAAGCCCCAAGAUUCUGUUUACUAUGCCAAGGAGAGAAAGAAGCAAAUAUUGGUGGAACCAUUGCUGGAAACUGGUGCAGAAGGUGACGUGUAUAAAGCACGGAUUCGCAAUAAGGAUGAGCAAGAGGUGCUGGAUGUCAGGGAUGACCCAGAGGUGAAGGUGGAGGUACCAGUGGACCAGAUGCCAGCAGAAAUAGUUAAAGAAGAUGAGACGGAAAAUGAAAGCAUCCCUGAUACUGGAGGAAACAUGCAGCAGCAGCAGCGACCACUGACAGAUAUGUGUGCCUGUGUGGAGUUCUCCCAGCACACAUCAAAGUAUUUCCUCUUCUGA